GUGCUCUGAAAUAAAGUCACAAAUCAGAGAAAACUUAUAUCAAGUUACCGAAAUACUUAAAAUCAUCGCGAACUAUUUCAACAAAAUUAUUUCAUGAUGAAUAACACGAAAAAGAUCAAUGUAAAUUUUUCAUCCCUCGUGGGUUUAAAAGCGGAACUUUUAAAAAAGCAACAUGAAGUAAAUGAGGCAAAAUUGAAAUCAGAAAUAGAUCACACAGUAUCAAAGUUACAAAAGAAAAAAUCCAAGAAAAUUGAAAAGGAGUCUAGGAAAGAAAAUUCAAAAAUGCCGGAGUACAUUGAGGAUGUUGAUACUCAUAAAAAAUCGAAAUUAAUGUUGGAGGCAAAAGCAAGAUUAUAUGACCGAUUAAAAAAAUCCAGAACUACUAAUGAGAAUUUCCUUGUUGACUUUACAAAUAAAUCAGAUGAAUCUGAGGAAGAACCAUUGCCAAAAGAUGAAACUGACCCAAUAUUAGAAAAUGAGGAUGACUGGGUAGAAUAUGAGGAUUGUUUUGGACGUACGAGAAAAUGUUUACGCGAAGAUUUGUCCUUGAUGCAGGAAAAGGAUCAAUUGAUCAAACAACAAAUUAUAACCAAAAAAGGAAUUGAUCCAAAAACCAAUGAUAUUAUUGACCAAAACUAUGUUGAGGGAGAGAAAGAACCUGAAAUAGAAAUUAUGAGAAGAAAGUGGGAGGAACAAACACAGAAACUAGCAGAUAAAGUAAACAUACACUACCAAGAUAUUUUAUUUGAUGAAGCUAGAACUCAUGGUGUUGGUUACUAUGCAUUUUCACAAGAUGAAGAAGAAAGAAUCAAGCAACAGGAGAAUUUGUUCAAUUUAAGAAAGGAAACAGAGAAGAAACAGAGGGAGAUAAAAGAAUUGAAAGAAUUGAGGGAGAAAAUGGAACAUAAUAGAUUGAAAGCGGCUAAAAUUAGACAACGUAUUAGAGCAGGAUUACCUAUAGAUGUAGUAGAAGAGGAGUUUAGAGAAAAGAAUGAUAAUGUAUCUAAUGAAAAUGAAUCAGGAAAUGUACAUAAUACGGAAGAGAAUUUAAUCGAAACUGAAGAAAAAGAAAAUAGUGAAAGCCAGAUUAUAGAAAGAGAUAAAGAAAUAGAAAAAGAAAAUAAAAUAAAAGCUUUAGGAGAACUUCUAGGCAAGAGAACUCAUUGGUAUGAGAUGUCUCAGGAAGAAUGGGUUCAUAAAUGUAGGAAAAUAAGAGUCACUGAAUUUGGACCAGUAUAUGAAAAUUUUAGAAGUGCUGGUUAUUUGAAUCCUCAAAAUGCUGAUACAGUUUCAAGUAUUCAUAAUAAUGACAAAUCUCAUUCAUAUGAAAUGAAUGAUACAGAAAACAGUAAUGAAAUAAAUAUAGAUUCUUAUGAUAUACCACUCCCCCCUAGCUUAAAUACAAAUGAUUACAAUACUGAGCAUAAUAAUUUGACUGAAACAAUAAAUCAGAGUAAUUGUGUUCAGUCAGUUGAUUCUAAACAAUACAACUCUAGUAAUACAGUGCAAAAUCAGAUGAAACAAAAUAGGAGUAUAGAUGAAGCGAGUAUAGCAGCUGGUCUCAAAUACUUGAGAGAAAAAUUUGAAAAAAGUCAGAGUGCUUAAAGCAUUUACAAACUGAUUUAUACUAUUUUACUAUACAUACUUGUAAA